GGAAACACUAAAAGAAACAAAAAAGCUAUUAGAAAUUAUUGUUACAACUCCUAUGUCAACUUUUCUUCGAAAUACUAUGACCCAGGAUCGCUUUACAGCGUUGUCGAUGCUGUCCAUUGAACAGGAAUUCAUUUCAACCAUGGAAAAUUUCAACGGGAAGGUGAUCGACCAGUUUGCUGCCAAGAAGGAGCGCAGGAUCGAACUGACAUAUAAAAAAUAGGUAAGUUCGGAUUUGCAGAACACCUGUUUUAUUUUUUCACGAGCCGCCACUGCCAACUGAUAUUUCCGCACUUGGCAACGUUGCCGCUUAUUGUUUAGUGGAUAAUCCAUUGGUAAUUACACAUAUUUCAGAACUAACAGUUAAAUGUGAAU